AUGGUGUUAUUCCCAAUCAUAAAUAAAUUCGCUAACCCGAAUAAUCCUACUGGUUUACCCGGUGGGAAAAGAAGACGAUUAUUCAUUCCUCCUUCAACUCAAUUCCCAUUAUUCUUAUAUGGGGAAGGUGAUGAUCAAAGAUCUUUCCUAUCAUUGAUCGAGACUAGUUCAAGUGUCGCUGAUGAAGAGGAUGUGAGUGAUGCUGCUAGUGUGAGUACGUCUCGAUCGUUACCGUCUACGUUAAACUCAGUCCAGAAUAAUGAUGAUCAAGAAUCAUUUCAUAGUUGGUUAUUAGAAGAACAUCAAAGACGAUAUCUGGCUUUAUCAGGGGAUGAAGAUGAAGAUGAUGAAAAUAAUAUCGUAAGAGCAUUGGAGGAAAGACGAAAGAAGAAGAAAUCAAGAAGAAGAAGUUCAGAUAGACAUAAUAAUCGUCGUCGUCAUUCAGAAGUAUCGGUAUUAUCAUCAUUAUUAGAAGAUGAACAAGAAGAUUUCGCUACUUUAAAAACAUCAUAUACUCAAGAAUUCAAAACUAUAGUAAGGUAUUCCAUUCCAUUAGUGAUAACGUUCUUAUUGGAGCAUUUCUUUUCUAUUGUAUGUUUAUUAGUCGUGGGUCAUUUAGGUAAGAAUGAAUUAGCAGCUGUUUCUUUAGCCACUAUGACAUCUACCAUUACAUUCGCCAUAUUCGAAGGUAUAGCUACUUCAUUGGAUACAUUAUGUCCUCAAGCUUAUGGAGCAGGUAAUUAUGAAUUAAUGAGUAUUUAUGUUCAAAGAUGUACGGUAUUCAGUCUUAUGGUAUAUAUCCCCUGUGGAUUAUUUUGGUGGAAUUCAUCAGUGGUUUUAAAAUAUGUCAUUGAAAGUGAAAUCGUAUUGAAAUUAACUAAUCAAUUCUUAAGAAUCUUAUGUUUUGGAGCUCCAGCUUAUAUAUUUUUUGAAAAUAGUAAACGAUUCUUACAAGCCCAAGGUAUUUUUGAAGCUGGAACUGGUAUUUUAUUCGUCAGUGCUCCAAUCAAUAUCUUCUUAUCAUAUUUCCUUGUUUGGAAUCCUACUUAUGGAAUUGGUUUUAACGGUGCUCCCAUCGCAACUGUAAUUAAUUUCUGGAUGAUGAGUAUCUUAUUAACCUUUUAUGUUAAAUUCAUCGAUGGUAAUAAAUGUUGGUUUGGAUUAGCCACAUUCAAAGAUAUUUUCCAAAAAUGGGGUCAAUUAUCUCAAUUAGCUAUCCCUGGUAUUGUCAUGUUAGAAUCGGAAUACUUAGCUUAUGAAAUCAUGACUUUAUUCGCAUCAUAUUUCGGAACUACGGAAUUAGCUGCUCAAAGUACAGUUAGUAGUAUUGCUUCAUUAGCUUAUAUGGUUCCAUUUUCUGUUGGUAUUGCCUCAUCCACGAGAAUUGCUAAUUUUAUUGGUGGUCAAAAUAUCGAAGGUGGUAUAAAAGCUACUAGAGUUGCAUUAUGUUUAGCAGUAUGUGUGGCAUGUCUUAAUUGUAUUACUUUAUUCACAUUCAAACGUCAAAUUGCUAAAUUAUUCUCUCAAGAUGAAGAAGUUAUUAGUCUUGUGGUUAAAUUAUUUAAUCCCUUAGUAUCAAUCAUUCAAAUUUUUGAUGGUAUAGCAUGUGUUGCCAGUGGGAUAUUAAGAGCUCAAGGAUCACAAAAGAUCGGUGGUAUUAUUAAUUUCGUAGCUUAUUAUGCAUUCGCUAUACCAUUAGCUUUAGUAUUAAGUAAAAUGGGAGGCUUGAAAUUGAUUGGAUUAUGGAUUGGUAUUGGAAGUGGUAUGAUUGUGAUUGGGAUCACUGAGAUUAUGGUCAUUUUAUUCAGUGAUUGGGAACAAAUUAUCAUUAAGGCAGGAUUAUUGAAUGAAUUUGGUGAAGAUGAUGUGGAUGAUGAAGACGAUGAUGAUGAUCGUCGUGGAAGGUAUAGAAAUUAA